AUUUUAGUAGUAUUUGCAAAGAUGGGUAGAAGAAAUUUCUCACUUGUUUAUUUAUUUAUUUUCUGUUUAUUCUCUUUAAUUCUGAUUUUGAGAAACAUUUAUAUGCUUGACAAUAUGACCAAGUACCCUCUGUAUUUUCUUAGUUUUGUGGUGAUUACCUUUGAGAAAUGCAGUGUUCGAGUGUUUCGUAACUCAGUAAUUUGAAGAGGCGACAUGGAAGAGAAGUGUGCAAUUGCAAAAGAUGUUGCUGAACUAAUAGGGAAUACCCCAAUGGUAUAUCUGAACAGUGUAGUGGAUGGUUGUGUAGCCCGUAUUGCUGCUAAGCUAGAGAUGAUGGAACCCUGCUCAAGUGUUAAAGACAGGAUUGGGUAUAGCAUGAUCAGUGAUGCAGAAGAGAAGGGCCUGAUUACCCCUGGGAAGACUGUUCUUAUUGAGGUUACCAGUGGCAAUACUGGCAUUGGGUUGGCAUUCAUUGCAGCAGCUAAGGGUUACAAACUUAUCCUUGUCAUGCCGAGUGUAGCGACUCUUGAGAGAAAAAUGGUCCUCCUGGCUUUUGGAGCAGAGCUGCAUCUCAUAGAUAUGGCCGAAAGCAUUCAGGAGUUCUUUGAUAAAGCUGAUGAGAUACUGCAAAACACACCCAAUGGUUAUUUUCUUAACCAAUUUGAAAAUCCUGCCAAUCCAAAGAUUCAUUAUGAGACCACAGGACCAGAGAUUUGGAAAGGCACAGGAGGAAAAGUUGAUAUCCUGGUUGCAGGAAUAGGGACUGGGGGUACAAUUACUGGUGCAGGGCAGUUCCUCAAGGAGAAAAACCCCGAGAUUAAGGUUUAUGGUGUAGAACCAUCUGAAAGUGCCGUUCUUAAUGGAGGAAGCCCUGGUUCACAUCAGAUCCUAGGAAUUGGUGGGGGUAUCAUCCCUAAAAUUUUGGAUACCAAACUUCUUGAUGAAGUUAUUCAAAUUUCAAGUGAUGAGGCCAUUGAAACUGCUAGGCUUCUUGCAUUAAAAGAAGGUUUGCUGGUAGGGAUAUCAUCUGGUGCUGCUGCUGCUGCUGCAAUAAAGCUAGCAAAGAGACCAGAAAAUGCAGGCAAACUCAUCACGGUGAUUUUCCCCAGCUUCGGAGAGCGUUAUCUGUCUUCAGUACUCUUUGAUUCCAUAAGGGUUGAGGCUGAAAACAUGAAGUUUGAUUGAGUUUUUACCUGGUCUGGGAGGAGCCUUGUUUCAUUAGCCUUUUCCUUCAUUUAUCAUUUGGCUUGAAUUUCACCAGAAAUCUGAUGAUCUUUGUAUUCCACUGUGGACUAGUCCAACUUUGAAUUAAUUUACUUGUAGUGAUGAAGUUUCAGAAUGAUGAAUUUGAUAGCCCUUAUCUUUCCAGAGCCUUUGCUAUGGAGCAUGCUUCAAUACACCAGGGAACUAAAUAAUUCUGAUCAAAGAGUUCUAUCUUAUAUAAAAUGAGUGUUGUAUUGUAGUUGAAAAAGCAACCAUGUUUGAAGUUGAAAUUUGAUUUAGGAUAUGUGAGCAGACAUCUUCAAGGUUGUGUUAUGCUAGGGCUCAGGGUAUCCUUCCAGACCUUAAUUUUAGCAUACCUCACUUUCCUUAUAAAUGAAAUUUAUUAUGUAAA